AUGAGACGUCGCCGCCACGAGGGCCAGCGAUCGGCUCGAGGUUAUCUAGAGUCACCAAAGCGGGAGGGGGGAGCCCCGGAGGGCAGCCCCGCAUGGGUUUUGGGUCUGAUAAAUGCACGCAUCCCCGGAGCAUAUGCUACUGGCAGGAUCAACCAGGUAGCCCUGAGUGGAGCCAGGCGUAACCCGUGGGGCGGCGGGCUGAAGGAGGCGGCCCCACGCGGCACGGCCUUGGUCAUUGGGGGUUGGAACUCGGGCGCCCGCACCCCAGGCAGGCGUACAGCACUGGCGAAGAGCGCUGUCCCCCUCAGCAGAAUAUCCAGUACAUCCGUGGAUCGGGAGGGCUCGCACGAAACGUGUGACACAAACAAACAGAACGCAACACAAGUCGUCACCAUAGCAGCCCUGGGCGGCGCCAUCUUAGUUGGAGUAUUGGAGUAG